AUGGAGGAAGAAAAUGAGCUCUCAGCACUCCUAGCCCUAAACCCUGGUCGUGCUAGUAGCAGUGCAAAUCCUUGUCCACUACCGGGCCAAGUUUCCACUGCCCUCACUUUGUGUGAUCCAACUUGGAAUUACAACACAAACCAGAGAAAAGCAGAGGAAUUCGACCCUGCUCCUCUCAGAUUUUCCGCAUUCCCUCCUAAUCUGAAACACAAGAAAAUAACGAAUAAUAUGAACAAGGAAUUAAAGAAGAAGAAAAGAAACCCAGUAGUGCCGGAAACUACGCUGAGUCCACAGCCUCAGGAUCACGGGCCUUGGAAAAUCAGGAAGAAGCUGACAGUAAGCGACCUUGGAAGCUGCUCAAGGCUACUAAUGCCGAAAAAACCGGUCAUCGACCAUGUUUUGCAUUACUUGGAUGACACGUUUGCCAAAAGGGUUAAGAGUGGAGAGGGCAUAGAAGUUAUAGUUGAAGACUGCGAUACAAACACCAGGCAUCACAUGACUUUCAAGCUUUGGGGGUCGGCCGAGAGCUACAUUCUCAAUGGAGAUUGGAGACUAGAGUUUGUGCAUAGGAGAGGCUUGGAGGAGAAUGAUAAAAUUGGGCUUUAUUGGGAUACCUCCAAAUCCAUGUUCAUGUUUUCUGUUCUUGAAAGGGCAAGGCAAUCCCAGUUACCUGCUUGA